GACUCAGAGUGGGUGGGCUGAGCUGUUCUCUCGCUUCUAUGGCAACCCCAGAGAUCAGCAUCACCGGGAAUAUUAACGGGAUCAGAGCGACUCGGGACGGCGGAGGCGGUGAUGUCAGCGGUGCCCGGUUGGUGUGGGCCACUCGAUUGUGAUUGACAGCCGAUCUGCGAUUCCUCAGACUUUAUUUAUUGGUGUUCGCAGAGCGACACAGUCAGUGCCUUGAAGCUGGAGACCACUGGAUUCGGGCAGCCAGGUAGAAUAAUGUGCAUGAGCGAAAGACAGCUCGGUUUGACCCUUCAGACAAUUCGGGUGCACGUGGAUUUGUAGCAAUACGAACUGGAUUCGUUUGUCAUUGAAUUGAUCGCGCGCCCGUUUCAAUGUCAUAAUGGACAGGUUGCAUUCGUCCACGCGUAAAAGUCUCUACAGUUUGCCUCAGCACCUCGGGCAGAAAGGGUCCAUCAUGGGUGAUGCAGAAGACACCGACAAAGACACCCGGAGGAGGAGCAUCCGGAUGAAGCCCCUGCCGUCCCCGAGCUCCGCGGGGGACACCAGAAGCGGAGAGUCCGUGAUCAUGGAGACGGACAUCGGGAGACACGUGAAGACCAGCUCCAACGGAGAAUGCCGGAGGUUCCGAGGGAGCCUUUCGUCCAUCACCAGUCGGCACGUGCACGACUCGGAUGUAGCGGAGGAGAGGCGUCUGAUCACGGAGGGAGAGGUCACCCCGAGCGAGGAGAGCCCUGCUGGAGCCGCGCGUGAGGAUGAGGAUGAGGAUGAGGAUGCCGUCGGUGCGAGCGAGCAGCAUCAACCGGGCGUCCCGGAUCAGCAGACAGGCUUCAUAAAGCUGGAGGGCGUCGAGCAGAUCCCACCGGACGACGAGAAGUUUUAUCAAGCGGGCUUCAUGCACAGACAGUUCGGGGCGAUGCUGCAGCCCGGGGUCAACAAGUUUUCCCUGAGGAUGUUUGGGAGCGAGAAGGCGGUGGAACGGGAGCAAGAACGGGUCAAAUCCGCCGGUUUCUGGAUCAUUCACCCCUACAGUGAUUUCAGGUUUUACUGGGAUCUCACCAUGCUCCUCCUGAUGGUGGGAAAUCUCAUCGUCAUCCCCGUGGGCAUCACCUUCUUCAAGGACGAGCACACGCCGCCGUGGAUCGUCUUCAACGUGGUUUCCGACACCUUCUUCCUCUUGGACCUGGUGCUGAACUUCCGCACGGGGAUCGUAAAGGAGGACAACGCGGAGAUCAUUCUGGACCCUCAGCGGAUCAAGAUCAAAUAUCUGCGCUCGUGGUUCGUGGUGGACUUCAUCUCCUCCAUCCCGUGGACUAUAUCUUCCUCAUUGUGGAGACGCGCAUCGAUUCAGAUUUCUACAAGACGGCGCGAGCUCUGCGCAUCGUACGCUUCGCGAAGAUCCUUAGUCUGCUGCGACUUCUGCGACUCUCGCGGCUCAUACGCUACAUUCAUCAGUGGGAGGAGUGUGCGGGAUCGUUUCGGAGCCGUCCGUGGAGCUUCGGUUGAUGGGCCGUCUAGAUCAGAUGUUCUGGAUGAAGAGCGUGAUGUUCAGGAUGACACAGAGCUCCCUGAG